CUCACAUCUAACCAUCGUGGCUUUCAUUUUGCGAGGUCUUCGUUCAAUAUUCAUCUCGUAGUAUUCAGCAUCAAAAUCACGGCUUUGACACAGGCAAGUCUGGGCCAUUGAGCGACAUGGCGCAAGACAAGCCCAAGACAAUCAUCGCUUUUGAUCUAUACGGCACUCUCCUAUCGACCGAAUCCAUCGCAAAGCAACUCGCAGAGCUGUACGGCGACGAAGAUGAAGCAAAGACCCUCGCGGCGCAGUGGCGGCGAUACCAGCUCGAGUACACAUGGCGUAUCAACAGCAUGGGCACAUACCGACAAUUUUCCGACAUCACACGCGCAGCGCUGAAGCAUGCCAUCGCGGAGAGAAAGAAGCCAUCUCUCUCAAAAGAGGACGAGGACCGUCUGAUGGAAGCCUACAACGGUCUUCAAGCCUUCCCGGAUAUUGAGUCGGCGAUGCGCAUUGUCGAAGGCGACAGCUCCAUUGACGCGUAUGUGUUUUCCAACGGAACGGAUGACAUGGUCGGCGCAUCCAUCAGAACCUGUCCCGAAAUCAACCAACGCAAGAGCCGCAUCUUUGGAUCUGAGAAGUUGGUGACGGUGGAAGGGGCACGCUGCUUUAAGCCCGCUCCGGCGACGUACCGGCACUUUGCGGAGAAGGUGGGUAUGACUGGUAGAGAAGGCGACAUUUGGCUGGUGAGUUCAAAUCCGUUUGACGCACUUGGAGCGAGAGCGGCCGGGUGGCAGUCUGCGUGGAUCGACCGGGCCGGGACGGGGUGGAUUGAUGCACUGGGAAGCGUCAUUGACACCGAGCCGACAAUUGUCGCUCAAGGGGUUGAUGAAGCUCUACAGAGAAUUGCGGAGCUCGCAAACUAGCCAUGAGGAAAACAGCCGCUUGAGAUUGUAGAUCUGGCAAGGUUUCUCAUUGCCGCCUCGGUGUCGCUUUGCAAGACGGAGAAAAGAAUUCACUUCAAGCAUCAUGCUGGACCCCAAGUAUCCACAUCACGUUGGCAACGGUUUCUGAGCUUAUUUCAAGCCGGAGCACAG